AUGUCCGACCAGGCAGUAAUGGAGAAGCUCUUGCAGGUGCUAAGCCGAAUUGAAGGGCGACUCGCACAGAUCGAACUAAAUACUUCAACUGUUAGCAGUCCGCCUCUUCUCAGCACGGAAAAAAGCGCCCAUCAACAGCCUGGUGUGGAAACUUUGCCUGGCCUUGCGACAAGCCCACUUAAGCCCAAAUUACAGACCAACGAUGCGCAAUAUGAUAUCAACCAGGACCAAAAUACAGCGCAACACGAGCGUAAAGAUGAGGAUAGUAUUGUUUCAAUCCCCGCUCAGGGUGUCACGUCUUCUAUUGAGGAUGGGGCAAAAGUCAAGAGGAUGAAAGGAAACGAGGCUUACUUCAACGCCAUACCCCACGAAUUCCAAGACUUUUCAAUAGAAUGUCACCUUAAGAAAGGCUACUAUGGCAAAGAGGCGGAGGCGCUGUGGACUAACUAUGUUGGCCCAUGGUGGAGUUUUCCUCCGGACAACAGGAUAGACCUCUCCUUCCAGAGCCACAUUCUUGACAUAGCCUCACAAGAGGAAAUCACCACAAGACUAGAAGGUAUCGCUGCCUGGCUCACGAAUAUUGGUCGCAAAUAUCAGGGGUUCAAUGUUCGAGACUACGAUCGAAAUGGAAAAGCGUGCGAGUAUGAUCAGAAUACCUUUGCCUUAUACCCACAGCAUUUUCAGACAUACUUGAAGGAUGCAGGAUCCCAAGUACCGAGCCGGCUGGCCAGAUUUGACUUUGCCUCAAACAUUGAAGAGCCCGAGGCGAGUUCCUCAGCAAUUGACAACUUCGGAAUGUUACGAGGGCCAGCUGCGUGGCGAAGGUUGAUUUGUGUCACUGGCCUCACCUCCAGCGAGAAAUCCGAGCCUGUUUUGCUGAGUAGGGCUCAGACUGCACCCUAUAAUAAAGCUCCUUUCUUGACGAAUUAUGGCUUUUUUUCAAUCUGGCGGCAUCAAAGACAGAACAGUCUCAAAAAUAUUCUCGACUUACACUUGCAACCUGCGUUUGCCGAUCCCGAAACAAUUGCCUGGGUACCAGGUUGCAGUAUGUCUUUCCACAUAGUAUUCUACAUGAUGUUUGAUGAUGGUGAUACACCGUAUAGUAAAAAUCUAUCGUAUCACUAUUCCAAGAAUGAGACAUGGCCUAUUGGCAAUCUCUAUGAUGAAGGGAAACCGAUUGUCCAGGUCGCAUGCUCAACCCAUGCUACCCUAGCAGCAAACAUUGGAGAUGGUCGUAAAAUCACCAAGCCCCAACAUUGGCCUCAAUAUUGGACUAUUCUCUACCUGAAACCAACUCGCGACCCACCUACCGCUCACACUUCUGAGAGUAAUAUGCCACAACUAGAUUGGGACAGAUUCGAGCCAAAAAAACUAUCAUGGGGACUGUUGGUGGGCAACUUCGACGAAUUCCUCGAUGAUGGGAAAGUAUUCAUGAAACCAAAGGAACAUGACAAUCUCUUGGUUGACGAUGAAACAUUCUCACGAUCUCGCAAGUAUUUUUGGACUUUGAGCUGUCUUUCGGAAUUUGAUCUCUGCAUUGGGAAUACCAUCCAUCAAUGGAGGGCUUCCCGCGCCAUAUGGGAGAAUGUUCUACCAUCAUAUGAUCCUAUAGGAUGGCCAGAAGCGUUACAACAGAUGAAGCAGAUCGAAACGUUGGUUGAGAAACUUGUGGCGUACAGAGAACGAUUUAAGAGACAUUACGAGCGUAUAUCUGCGUUGAGAGAUGGGCUGUUUAAUGCCAGCGCUGUGAUGGAGAGCCGUGCUUCAACCAAGCUAGGUGGUGAGUCUACUAUUCUGCCUCGUUACCCUCACAGCUUCGAUUCUGACCAAAGGCAGAAAAUGUCAAACUCUUGA